UUCAAUUUUCUGCUUUCUGACUGACCAGACAGACAGAGGGUGUGAGGACUGAAGCAACAGAGACAAUUCUCCUGCAGGCUGAGGAUUUUUCUCCAUAAUUCAGAAUGAAUCUCCACCAUCUUGUGUUCUUCUGCGUCAUAUCAGCACUGUGUGCUGGAAAUGCUGGACUCGUCAGUGCAAAACCCAACACUUAUGCAAUAGCUGAGGGAGGAACAGAUUCUAUAAAGUGCACAUUAACUCUGUCUGGAAACAUGAAGUUCUUCUGCAAGGACGAAUGUAAAGCAGAAGAUAUUCUCAUUAAAACAGAAGAUGUCAGAGCUCAGAGUGGCAGAUUCAGCAUUAAAUACAAAAAUGAAUCUUCUGGAAGAGGAAUUCUGAGGGUGACCAUUACAAAUGUGUCCAAGUCUGACUCAGGACGGUACAGGUGCGGUUUGGGCAAAACUUUGGCUCCAAAAUCAUACCGGGAUUUUGAGGUCAGAGUGUUAGACGCGGCACUGUUGGAUGUAAACUCUGGCUUUACUCGUACAGAGACCAAAGGAGGAGAUAUCACAUAUCCAUGCAGUGACACUGUCUAUGGAAGCAGAAAAUUCCUCUGUAAAGGCGAAUGUAAAAAACAAGACGACAUUCUCCUUGAAACUGAAGGCAACAAAGCUGAGAAUGGCAGAUACAGUAUUGAAUAUAGAGAAAAGUCUGUGUUUGGACUGUAUGUGACCAUCACACAGCUGACCAAGUCGGACACAGGAUGGUACAGGUGUGGCUACGGCACAGCUUUGUCUCCAGAUUCAUACAAAAGGUUCCAGAUUAUAGUCAUAGAUGUCCCAUCAGCCUCCACACCACCAACGCCACCACCAACGACUCAGAGUUUUAGUUCCAGUUCAGGAGGUUUCACCCCUUCAUCAGUUUUCCCUGAAACCACCCACUAUCUUACAGACGUCUCCUGUCUCCCAGGUUACUUCUUGCCUCUGGUUGUGUGUGUGCCCUUGGUUUCUGUACUGUUUGCUGUUUUUCUGCUGCUCCUCUUCAAAUGGAAGAUGAGGAGGAACGCUGGUUUGAACACCGGAGGAAAUGCAGACAACCUCCACUCAGAGGCUUAUGUCACCUACAGAAAACAUCCUCCAGCCUCCACAUGUGAAGACUCUGUCUACCAGAACCUCGAUCCAGCCAGCAUGGAUCAGGACCAAACCUGCUCGCCAGUAUAAGACAACAAACAGAUGGUGAUGUUUGGAUCUGAUAGAAAAGGAUUGACAGGUCUGCUGAAGUUGUUGCACUCUGGAAAGAGUCAAUAAAGAAACAUGAAAAAAUUCAGCCAUUACAUAUCCUCCAAUAGUCAAGAGUCUACAGGUUACUUAAAUGUUUCGUCUUUUUUCUUAUUAAUUUAGGAGUGAUCAGCUUCACUAAAUAACUAUGUAUGUAGCAUUUGUUGUCUUCCACUGCAUCAGAUUUAAGUAUUGAUAUGUGUGUAUGUAAUUGCAAAAUGUUAACCAUUUUAAUGUCACUCCCUAAAGGCCCAGACACACCGUAUUUAGACGACAAGUUUUAAUUUGUGGAGGAGCAACGGGUGACUCGGACUCAUAGAUUGUAGCAACAACUUGCAAGUUAGUCAAGCAACCUGCCCUUAAAUGGACAAAACUUUAGUCCUCAUUAAAAUGUAAACAUAUGAGUCAGAAAA